AUGUCAAACGCGACUGACGCCUUUUGUGUGCCGGGUGCCACGGAGUUUUAUAAAGCUUACAGUCGACUUCACGGCUACAUUGCAAUAGUGAUAUGCGUUAUUGGUUCAGCCACAAAUUCCAUCAACAUAACAGUUCUGAGCCGCCGGGAGAUGAUCAGCUCAACAAACUCGAUUCUCACCGGUCUCGCAGUUGCCGAUCUCUUAGUUAUGUUGGAGUACAUACCUUAUGCCCUUCACAUGAACAUUAAAAUUGGUCCAGAAGUAAAUAAGAACACGUACGCUUGGGCCGUUUUUGUGUAUUUUCAUUCGAUAUUCAGCCAGACGUUCCAUACGAUCUCCAUCUGGCUAGCUGUGACUCUUGCAGUGUGGCGGUACAUUGCAAUUGCCUUUCCACAAAAAAACAGAACUUGGUGCAGCAAGCAAAACACUACGAUUGCCAUUGUGAGCGCCUACGUGUUAUGUCCGUUUUUGUGUCUGCCUAUAUAUUUCGCGAUGAACAUAGUGCCAAAUGAAGUGACCCCUCAUAACAAUUCCGAGUUCGCUGAAGAUUUGUCACUUCCACACAAUAGAACAGUAUACGUGUUAGAAAUGUCAAAAAAUAAAGAACUGGUGACCGCAAUAAUGUGGAUUUAUAGUGUUAUAUUGAAAUUAGUUCCCAGUUUAGCUUUAUCAGUUUUAAGUACGUGUCUUAUUUCUAAAUUGACUACAACGGAGAGAAGAAGACAGAAGCUUCUAAAGCGAUCGAUAGUGGGGCCAAAUGAUACUGAAAAGCAAUGUUUAGCAGAAGACUCUUCCGCAGCGCGACGUUCUAGCCGUACCGAUCGCACUACCCGCAUGCUGCUUGCUGUACUUGGCCUUUUUCUAUCCACUGAGGUGCCGCAAGGCCUAUUAGGCCUUGCAAGCGCUUUAGCACCGGAUUUCUUCAAAAGCUGUUACAGUAUGUUUGGAGACCUUAUGGACGUGCUGGCGCUGUUCACGUCGUCCGUGAACUUCGUCUUGUAUUGCAGCAUGAGUCGCCAGUUCCGAUGCACAUUUGCAAGAUUGGCCCGACGUGUGCUGUACACCGCGGAGCCCCCAAAGUCAUCUGUGAAACACGAGCCCACUACACAGGUUACAGGACCGCUU